AUGCGGAUCCUGGUUACAGGAGGCGCGGGUUUCCUGGGCUCCCACCUCGUCGAAUCUCUCCUGAAGAAAGGCCACGAUGUGAUCGUCCUCGACAACUUCUGGACCAGCCACCCCAAAAAUCUCUCGCAUCUCUCCUAUUCCUUGCUAGAAGUGAUCAGAGCAGACAUAUCCCAUCCCCACACCCUCUCCAACCUCACCAACAUCGACCAAAUCUACCACCUAGCCUGUCCCGCUUCCCCAAUCCACUUCCCCACAUCCCCUCUGGAGAUCCUCCAAACCUGCUACCUCGGAACGAAAAACACCUUGGACCUUGCUCUCCAUCUCAAAGCCCGCUUCCUCCUCGCCUCAACUUCGGAAAUCUAUGGCCAACCUGUCGAACAUCCGCAGAAAGAGUCCUACUACGGCAAUACGAAUUCUUUUGGCCCGCGGAGCUGUUACGAUGAAGGGAAGCGUGUAGCAGAGGCGCUGGUGUAUGCUUAUCGACAGCAACAUGCGCUGGAGGUGAGGGUUGCGAGGAUUUUCAACACUUAUGGUCCUGGAAUGGCAAAGAAGGAUGGAAGGGUGGUGAGCAGUUUUUUUGAAGCCGCGAUUGAAGGGGAGGAGCUGGUAGUUAAUGGUGAUGGUAAGGCGACGAGGUGUUUUCAGUUUGUGGAUGAUUGUGUGAGGGGUUUGGAGGGAUUGAUGAACAGUGAGUGGGAGGGUGGACCGGUGAAUCUGGGGAGUGAGAGUGAGGUGAGUGUUGGGGAGUUGGCCGAGUUAGUCUUGACGUUGGUGAAGGAGAGGGCGGGGAAAGCGGAGGGAAAGGUUGUGUUCAAGCAGAGCUUAGAGGAUGAUCCGGUGAAAAGAAGGCCUGAUUGCAGUUUGGCAAGGGAGGUGUUGGGAUGGGAGCCGAGGGAGGAGCUGGAAGAAGGGCUGAGAAAGACGCUCGAUUGGCAUUUGGAGAAUCGGUGCUCGACAAGCGAUGCUUAG